AUGGCGAGCCAACAGGGACAAGACCACGAUCGCGGCUUCCGCGAGGCUGUGCUGGGGAAGUGCUUCGUGCAAACCUGCACUGACCGGUUUGGCGACGGGGCCCAUGAGGUCGUUCGACAGCGCGAGCGAGACCACCUCAACCAAGUAGAAACCGAGGCGAUUAUCCAAGGCGUACCAGUCAACCAGAUCGUCACUGGGGCAGAUAAAAAUGGGCCCGCAGCGCAGGAAGCACCGCUGGAGAAGCGCAUACCGAAGAUGCCGUACUUCAGGAACAACCUGACGGCAUUAUCCCAGAGAUACAACCUCUACUUUGCAGCGUACGAAAACCGGAUCUUUGUCUACCAGCCGAAAAGCGUGUCGAUGCAGGCGCUCCCUCGAGAACCGAACCUCAUUUUGGCGACAAAACCGGACAAGGUUGCGAUACACGUCUCGGGCACGCUGGACAGCCGCUUUCACCACCAGGCGAAUCAUAUCGCCACCGGGUUUCUCGGGAGAGAAGAGGUCCUGGUGUCGGCCUACGAUGAUGGAUCUGUUUUCGCAUACUAUAUCAGACACAUCGCUGAAUACGUCGACCGAGUAUCGUUAGGCUGUCAGAGCCCAAUCCCGGUACCGACAUAUUUCUUUUCUGAGAAUGUGGGACGAUCGGCAUGGGGCAUUGCCAUUCACCAGAAGUCGCGCCUCAUAGCCAUAAGCUCGAACAGAUUCGAAAUAACCGUCUUCGCCUUUGGGCUUUCACGCCUGCCAGAGGCCAUGGACCGCCGGGCAAGGCCGCUAGAUUACUGCGAGAGCUCCGUGCUCAAGAGGAAACGGAAUUGGCGUAUCGUUAUACCCCUAGGAGACGGCGGGCACAACAUACCCAAUAUUGCCCUUUGGGAUGAUGAUGAGGGUUUUGCCGAGAAGGCCGUUGCCAUUGAUAUCAACGGCACCGUCUGGAUCCUGGACAUUUGGAAGCCCGGGACCGCAGCGCUCAAAAUCCCUCACAGGGCUAACGUUCCAGGCCAGUGGAACUUUCGAAAUCCUAUGGGAUGGGGCAUCGCCGUUCUUCCCUAUGAGAGCUUCUUGACUGCGUAUUCUGCAAACGAUUUGCUUGGAUUGAAGGAGUCUGACAUCAUGAACGCGAAGCCUCCCCAUGCCGGCCGAUGGAUUGAGGUUCAGAGGGGCUUGGCAAACGUGCGCAAGCAUCCGGCAGAACUUUCCGCUCAGCGGAUGCCAGAACCAGAAGCAUUUGGCCCUCAACAUAUGGAUCCGCAAUGGGUAUUGCACACCGGACAGCCAGCCUUGCUGGCUGCGAUUCUUAAUGAGCCGCCGCUACUUGGGCUACCGUUUCCUCAACCACUGUCGCUGGCGCAACAGCCCGCCACUGCUAAUGGAGACGAUGUUGAGGAUGACGGAACGGCCCCCACGGGCGGACUGCAGACUGCCGGCUCAGCCAACCCAGUUCAUGAAGAUGAUGAAUCGAGCGAAGACAAUGUAGUACUGACACUAGCGGUAGACAACGCGGUCGAGGCUGGAUUGGUGGCUUCCGACACUUCUGAAGAGGGCGGCAACGAUGAGAAUGCAGAUGAGGAUGAAGAAGAUGAUGACGAAGACGACGACGAUGAUACUAGUUCUAUCGAUUUGCCAGACUUUCUUCAAGUCGUUGAAGCUGAUGAUGACAAUGACUUCAUCUUUAUAGAAGAAGCGGUUCAUGCCGCUGACAACGAUCCGGGUACCGGUGCAGCUAUGAUGCAAGUAUUACCACCUGACGGGACUUGCAACUUUAUCAAGCCUUCGUCGAAGAGUCACGAUUUGUGCGGCUUCCAGUCUUCCUGGCUUGACAUGGUGUACUACCCCCAUGACGGCAAGACCUAUGUUUCGCCGACCUCGGUCGUGGGCAGGUUGCAAUUCCAUCGUCGAGACAGGAUUAAGAAUCGCAAUGUCGUAGAGCAGGACAGUGAUGUGCUCGAAGACUUGGGUAGCCGUUGCUGCAUAUUGCGAACGUACGAGGAAGAUAUUGAGAUGCGCAGCAUCAACCAAGAUGGUGGGGCUGCUGUGUUCUGUCGCGACCCGAUCAGCUGGAAUCACCCGCACAAUGCCUUGCUGCAGCACUCUGAGCGGCUCAACAUGGUCGUACACGUACCCGAGCUAUCACUCGUCAUCAUUGGAUCGGCGAUUGGUCGGGUGAUACUCUUGACGCCAACUCGAUCUCCUUAUGGCUUUGAGGGCAACGAUUUCACAGUCAAACAGGGCUACCGGAUCGACUGGGUGUUGCCUACUCGCGACGACGACAAGGCUGGUCGGCGACCGUCUCGGGGGCUCUAUGGGAUUGCUGUAGGGCCAGUACAGGAGGGUGGCGCGUCGGGGUGUCUACUAAGACCUGACGGGGCUCCCGCUCCAUCGCCGGCGCUGAGACGGUAUCGACUUAUGCUUCAUUACCGCGAUCAUAGAAUCUUGAGCUAUGAUAUUGGACGGGAUGAAAGGAACGAGCACCUGCUCAUCUUCUGA